AUGGAAGUGGAAGUGAUUCACCCGCUGGCCAUGUCGGAAAUCGGCAAUUCCUCCUACUGUCAAGCAGUGGGCAAUCGCACCUCGUUCUUCACCACCGCCUACAAUGGCAUACCGGAGACCCUCAUACUGAACACCAUCUUCUGGGUGCUCCUGAUCCUUCUGUUUACCGCCCUGCGUCACCAGGCGGGCGACUUUGGUCGCCUGGCGCUGGUCAACAGCAAUGGGAGCAAAAAGCGCUGGACAGAGGUCUUCUAUACGCGGGCCGCCAGUGUAGUGGAUCCCCAGCCGAGCACCUCGGCGCAGGUGUCGCCGCGGCCAAGCACCGCCUCCCAGGGAAUCGCCGACUCCACGCCACUGUCGCCCAUUCAGCCGGAGGAGGGCUUCUUCGGCUGGAUCCGGGUCACGCUGAAGCUGCGCAAGGAGACCAUCCUGCUGCACACCGGACCGGAUGCCGUGCACUACCUGUCCUUCCAGCUGCACCUGAUGGCCGUCAUGGCUCUGGUGACCGUCGUCUCGCUGGUCAUAAUCCUCCCGGUCAAUUUCUUGAAUGGUCCCAAGGAGAACCCGUACGAUGUGAAUGCCUUUGGCAGGACUACCAUGGCUAAUCUAUCGCCCAAUUCGCCUUGGCUUUGGGUGCACACGAUCAUCACGAUUCUCUACAUUCCGCUGGUGGUGCUCAUCAUGCGGAGAGCCUCGGGACGGAAUGCCUUCAAGAAGGCCGCUACCCGCACCAUUAUGAUAUCGAACAUCUCGUCCAGCGAUCGGAACAAGACCGUGGUGCGGAACUACAUGCAGGAGCUCUUCCCGGACGUGACCAUCGAGAAUGUGUCGAUAGCGUACAACAUUUCACGGCUCUACGUAAGGAACGCCGAGUUCGAGCGAGUGCACGAUGCUCGGGUGUACUGCGAACAUCACAGGAACAGAGAUACUCUGAUGGCCAAGCCGGACAUGUGUUCCUGCAAAAAGGAGAACGCCUACGAGUACUAUCAACGAGAGGAGCGCAAGUUAUCCGGGGAUGUGGCCCGCCUGCGCGCCUCCACGAUGAACGAGCCGCUGGACAUUGCGUUCAUCACGGUGUCCACUGUGCAGGAGGCGCAGAACAUUGUUACCCACUUCACGCCGGGCACCUACCGCCAAUGGCACCUGGUUUUCGCUCCCUCACCGGAUGACCUCUUCUGGGAGAACUUGAACGUGAACAAGAGCCACUGGUACUUGAAGUUCUUCUGCGUGAACACUGUGCUCUUUCUGGUUCUCUUCUUCCUGUCCACGCCCGCUAUGGUUGUAAGCCUUCUGAACAGCCGACCUUGGAUACAGGAAACGGAAAGCAAGAUCUCGCCGCUGGUGUCUGAUUUCCUGCCCACUCUGAUGCUCUGGACGCUGUCGGCACUGAUGCCCGUUAUGGUGGCCAUUUCGGACAAGUGGAUGCGUCACUACACGCGCUCCAAGCAGAACUACUCGAUCAUGACCAAGUGCUUUGGCUAUCUGCUUAUGAUGAUCAUGAUUCUGCCUUCCCUGGGACUGACUUCUGCACAGGCACUGCUGGAAUGGAGCUUCAAUUCAGCCAAUCAGACCGAGCGCUGGCAGUGCAUUUUCCUGCCCGAAAGAGGAUCCUUCUACGUGAACUACAUAAUUACGGCUGCGUUCAUUGGUACUGCCUUGGAGCUGUUGCGCUUCCCCGAGCUUAUUGUCUACAUCUGGUCACUGCUAAAGGCCAAAUCCAAGGCCGAGACGCCAUACAUUCGCAAGGCGAUUCUAAUCGAGUUUCCCUUCGGAACGCACUACGCCUGGACCACGCUCGUUUUCACCAUUGCCAUUGUGUACAGCGUGGCCUGCCCGCUGAUCAUGCCGUUCGCCAUGAUUUACAUCUGCUUGAAGCACUUCGUGGACCGCCACAACCUUUAUUUCGCCUACGGACCAUCGAACAUGAUCUCACGCAAAGGGGGAAAGAUCCACUCGACGGCAGUUACGAUGACCAAGUUCUCGGUAGUGAUCUUGGUCCUCGUCAUGGCCAUGAUAUGUUACUUCCGCGGCGACGAGGGCAUGGCCCGCUUCCUGCUGCUUAUCAUCAGUCUGGCCAUCACUCUCGUUCUGUUUACGUUCAUGUCACCAAUCAAACGCUGUGCCGCCACGCGGCGCCCAAGCAUCGUGGAGAUAGCCGGUCCGGCACCCAUCUACGUUCCCGAUGUGCUCAAAGACAACGGGGUGAGGACCAGCAGUGUGCGACCCUCCGUCGCAGGAUUCGGAGGCUACGGCUCCGACAGCGUGUCCGAGUACGAUAGUUCGCAGUACAGCGUGAACAGUGUGGAGGCGUAAAUAGUAUUAGCGUCGCAAGACACCACAUUUAUUUUUGUAAAAUAUCUAUAGAAGCCACUGAGAACUUUGCAAGUUGACGGCUUUGAUUUGCAUAUUUGAAAGAAUGACUGGAGGAUAACACCAAGAGAAUUUGUGAUACCUAAACCAGCCUCAAUGUCGUUUUUGAUAUGACCCCUGCACGCAAACGCGAUUGCAAUAUUUAUUUCUGAUCUGUAUAUAAUCUAACUAAUUUCCCAAUUUUAUCUGUAACAACUGUACAUACUAUAUCCCCUUGCUAAAUGCUUAACAAAAGAGCUCGAUGCAGUAAUGCUGUUAAUAUUUUACAAGUGAAACACACAGUGCAUUAUAUUAUUUCACGUAAUUUUUUUAUUUAUGGUAAAUAAAAAACUAUUAAGUUUA